GGUCCGCGGCGAGCAGAAGGCAACAUGCCGGCUGGGAGGCAGCGGGUCUUGGAAGCCUCCGCGGGGAACGGAGGCGGCGGCGGCCAAUGGGUGAUCGUUGCGCCAGAAUCUGCUACUAAUCUGCCAAAGAAGCCGGGCUCUGAGCCUUUAUUUACAAAACUGCGUAAUCCAAGUACAGGACAAGCAGCCCUUUACUUGUUCGGAAGUGAUGGCCGUCAGGUGUUUGAAGUGAAAGCUUUUCAUGAAGAAUACCGGUCGUGGUUUAUAGGCGAAGCUGUUCAACAUGAUGGACGGCUAUUAUUUGCUACACCAGUGGAUCCCUUAUUUCUGUUGUUGUUUUACCUUACCAAGGCAGAGAAAGAGCAGGGAAAGUUUCAGCCUUUGGAUCAGUUCCUGGUAGACGAAGAGUUCUCUUCCUGUGCAGUGUUGCUAAAUUGCAAGAACGUUUCUCAAUCUGUUCACCACCUAGUAGAUGAAAAAGAAAUAGGUGGCAGAAAAUUUUAUAAAUACAGCGAGGAGAAAACACUGAAGUGGCUGAAGAAGAAGGUCGACCAGACUGUCAAAGUGUUAAAAGACAAUGACAUACCUGUGGGUGGAAAGGUGCAGUCUGCUACAUUUAUCAGCGGCAAACGGAACACGGAUGCCACUGAAGAGGACUAUAUUCGCUAUGCUCAUGGUUUAAUUACUGAAUAUAUUUCUGAAGAGCUGAGUACCGCACUAGCUCAGUAUUUGAGGCUCCCACAGAUUGCAAGUCCUCCAGCGGAGCCAGCAUCUAAGAUGUCUGCCCGUCACCAGAGGAAGAGAUGAAGGGAAUGAAAGGAAAUGUGGAUGCCUUGUUUUAAUGUGGAACAUUCCUAAAGCCAUUUUAAAGAAAUGCAAAUUGUAUUGUUAGAGACUGUUAUCCAGGUGAGAUUUGUUGGUAGAGCUGGAAUUCAAUGAGGUCAAUUUCCCUUCUGGUAUGUGGUUGGGAUCUCUCGCUUGAAGUUCUAGAUUUUGAUCUAGUACAAUUAUUCCUUGUCCUUUGAGCAGUUCUGGCUUGGUGCACCUUGUCUGCUUACUGCUGUCUGCUUCCAGCAAAUGUAUUGAGGGGCUUGUCCACAUGUGAGCAUUAUUUAUCUGUUAAUCCACUUUUUCCCAUCCAAAUCAACUUGGAGUAUUCCACACUUGUGCAUACUUGAAUUUGUUUCUGAGGAGAAACCACAAUCUUUCGCAUUCAUACUGGUAGGAGUUUCCUUUUCUGUUUGAACCUGUCUUCUCAUUUGUUAUUAUGCCAAUUAAGUAACAACAGGGAACGCGCACAGAUAGCUGUGCACCUUGGGUUUUUUAUUUAUUUGGAAAAUCUGCAUAAGAAGUGUGCAGUAGGCAUAGCCAGGCAAUUGUAAAUUUGCUUGUGCAGUUUUCUGGUCUCAGCAAACCUGAUGGUUCAGAAUUAUACACACACAAAGGAGGAGAGGCUAAUGCUAGUGCCAUUUCCUUGUGCAGUUUUCUGGUUUUGUGCAAAUCUGAGGGAUCAAAAGGAUAAAAAUAUCCUCCUUUCAGGAAUGUACCAGAAAUAGUUACAAGAAAAGAAAUGAAAAGACUGAGGAAGCAGUGGGGUGGAAGGGGGUUAGCCAAAAGUGACAAUUGAUCCACCCACCCCAAACUACCAAAACAAAUUAUUUGUGACCCUGAAUGGAGCGGUUUGGAGUCGAAUUUCCAGCGAUUUACCAAUCAAGAUUUGUAUUAUUUGAGGGUAAAGUUCUGGUACAACACAAAUUACGUGUGAACGCAAACCUACGGCAAACUCUGGCGUGGGAAAGCUCUAGAUAAUACUGUUUAAUCUUAUUAAGGGCAUAUAUAGGUAAUUUAUUUUCCUUUCUGAAAAAGCACAACAUCUAACCCUUGUGCCUAUGGGAGGAAAGGUAACUGAAGGACCACUUGCUCCCAAAUAAACUUGCCUGUAUGUUUCUGCCUUCAAAAUAGAGGCAGAUGACAACAAGAGACAGUGCUUUUUCUGUGGUGGUUCCCUGGUUGGGGGAAACUCAGAGAUACUUGGCUUGUGCCUGCUUCACUAACUUCCUGAACUUUGAAAGGUUGAUAUAUUAUUACUGUUUCUUGCACUACUUGUACUACUGUUCUGAUGGCUGGGUGUGUGCUUUUCUUCUUUAUUUUUAGCAAUUUAAUGUUAAAGUUUUUUGUGUGGUCUUUUUACUUUUUUAUUGGGUUUCUGCCAUGGAAACUUCUGUUGAAAGUUGAUAUGUCAAUUUUUAAAAGUAGUUUAAUGAACCAGGGACUAUGCAAAGAACCCUUUACCCUGGAUUAUUCCCUUCACAAUAAAGAUGCACUUUUCCCCACACAUGAUUCCUAUUUUCCCUUAAGGCAGGUGUUUUGUCGUGGCGAUACUGCACUUUCCCCUCAAAUCACAUUAUUAUUUGUUUGAGGAAAUGGAAUUUUUAGAAGCUGUGUGCUGUUCCUCUACCCG